CCGCACUCAACGCUCUAGCCUUCAAGGUCCCUCCGAUCCUUCCCCCAGACAACAAAAAAUCAAAAUGGCCGCGGUUCAAACUCUCCCCAAGGAGGUCUCCAAGAUCGGGUCGGAGGUUAAGCUGUUUGGAAAGUGGGAUACCCAGGAUGUCGAGGUCAAGGAUAUCUCCCUGACUGACUACAUUCAAAUCCGUCACGCUGUCUACCUCCCCCACACCGGUGGCCGUUAUGCCAAGAAGCAGUUCAAGAAGGCUCAGAUGCCCAUUGUUGAGCGAUUGGUCGACAGCUUGAUGAUGAAGGGCCGCAACAACGGAAAGAAGCUCCUGGCCGUCCGCAUUGUUGCGCACUCGUUCGAGAUUAUUAACCUUCUCUCCGACCAGAACCCCAUCCAGGUUCUCGUUGACGCCAUUGUCAACACUGGUCCCCGCGAGGACUCUACCCGUAUCGGUUCCCAGGGUACCGUCCGUCGUCAGGCUGUCGAUGUCUCACCUCUCCGCCGGGUUAAUCAGUCUAUAGCCCUCAUUACUACUGGUACCCGUGAAUCCGCGUUCCGCAACGUCAAGUCUAUUGCUGAGUGCCUUGCCGAUGAGCUCAUCAAUGCAGCGAAGGGCUCAUCCAACUCGUACGCCAUCAAGAAAAAGGAUGAGCUUGAGCGUGUUGCCAAGUCUAACCGGUGAAGACCUUGUCGGUUUUUCCGGGCUCACUCGGCUCUGCUACCAGAGGAGACCGCUUACUAUCGCAUAUCAUUGGUGUUUCUGUAUUUCGCAUGUUAUAUUCAUAACGCUCUCCAUGCUUGCCCAUGUGACUGCUAUGGCAACAUCCUUCUCGCGAUGACAGGUGUACUGGCUAGAUGAGCUUGCAAUAUUUGCGAAACGUAUUAAUAGCCCACUUGUAACCUCUGGUUGCACAAGAGUGGACUGCUCAGUAUUUUGCUUUCGGUACGGGUCCUCGGCUUUUGAUGUAGCCGUAGUGAUUCGCCAUUUUAGGUUUUUAAUUGCACUCGC